AUGGUGACAGGGGAUGAUUACCUCGGUGCAUUUUUUUGUUGUGGGGUUUUCAGUGGUGCAGCUUCGAUGGUUGAAGAAGGAAGCUUGGGUUCAACAUUCUUGAUGCAUAGGUGGAUAUAUAGUGAAAGAAAGUACUGUGUUAAUGUGAGGAAUCUUUGCGAUUUGUUUAUAUUAAACGGAGGAAUCUUUGAUAUUUUUCAUCAAAUUGUUUCUCAUUUCCACUUUAAUCAAAGCAAAUUUGGAAUCUUUACUUCGUUCUCUGAAAAUGGCAGGACUUUGAGCAACUUUCCAGGUUUGUUCUAUCUUUUCGUGAAGUUGAUUUCAUUUCUUGCUGAAGAUUGA